AUAAGUUCCUUCUCCACACCCUACCUCUCUCAUCCAAAAUCUCAAAACCCAUCAACUACUUCCUACAUACACAUCCCUUCCCUUUUUCUCCUGCAAUUCCCAAACACCUCCUUAAGUAAUCAUUACACCAUUAUAUCCAAUCUUUUCAUAACUCUCUUCUUAGCCCUUAUUCUCACAAUCACCACAAUUCUUGCUCCUUUUCACCCUCCUACCUUUCCUUUUUAUUUGUUUUACCAACAAAAAAUGUACAAGUUUGAGAAGAGAUCAACAAUCCACGACAGGUUCAUAAACCCUUCAUUCUCUUCCACCCUCUUAGACCAAAUUUACCGUUCCAUCGACGAAGGAGAAACAAAAUUAACCACCGAAACAACCAAAUUUUACAGAGAACAAAAACCAACGGUUAUAAACAAACCAACAACCGACAGAAAAUAUUAUAACUACGAACCAAAAACUGAAAAACUUGUCACUGUCGUGAAAGAAACCAACAACAAUCGAAAAUCAAAUCAACAUGAUCAUGACCAAGAUGCUCUGUUCUUCAGUUCAACCUCAAUUUCUUCGGAUUCUAGCUCCAGUGGAUUCUCCUCCUCCGACACAGAUUCAUUAUACAGAACAAAAUCACGUUCCUCGUCGUGCUUUGUUCCACCGAGGCCAAAACCGGUGAGAACAAGCACGUCGGCAUCAUUUAGGUUUGAAAAAGAGAAACAUGGGAAUCAUGUUUUCGAUGAUUUUUGUCGAAGUUCAGAAACCAAACAAGGCACAGAAACUCGCGGCGAGGAAGUAAUUUUAAUAAAGAACAAAUCAAGAGCCGUUAAGAUUUACAAUAACUUGAAGAAAGUGAAGCAACCGAUUUCGCCAGGUGGAAAACUCACGAGUUUCCUCAACUCUCUAUUUGUUAAUAGUAACAAUGAGAAGAAAAUGAAGACUGAGAAACCAACAAAGACGAAGAAGCAGAUGAACACGUGGGAGACUCAUGAGGGAAAAGUAGCUUCCACGUGUUCAUCUGCUUCUUCGUUUUCGCGGUCUUGUUUGAGCAAAACAGCGUCAUUUUGUGGUAGAAAUGAUUACAAAACUGUUGGUUUUUGUGGAGUGGAAGAGGGUAGAGCUAAGGUGGAGGAAGCUACUAGAAAGUUUUUGAAUGAGUACCAUAGCCGUAACAAGAAGAAGAAGAAGGACGAUUUAGUUUUAUUAAAGGAUUUGUGUAUUAAUCAAAAUGAAGAAGAGGAUGAAGAUGAUGAUGAUGUGGCAAGUUGUGCAAGUUCUGAUCUUUUUGAGUUGGAUCAUUUGAGUGUGUUUGGAGAUAGUAGGUAUUGUGAGGAGCUUCCUGUGUAUGGAACUACCCGUGUUAGUUAAUUAGUUAAUUAUUGAUUAGUAAUAAUAGUGUCAUUGUUAAUGCAUGAGGCUAGAAGCAUAUAUCAUAUAUAGAUACAUGAAUAACAGAACCAUUUGGAUA